AUGAGAGCCCUUCUCCUGCUCUCCUUGUCUGCUCUGCUCUGCUGGGUCUCAGCUGAUAUUCGAUGUCACUCCUGCUACAAGGUCCCAGUGCUGGGCUGUGUGGACCGGAAGUCCUGCCGCCUGGAACCAGGACAUCAAUGCCUGACAACCCAUGCGUACAUUGGGAAGAUGUGGGUUUUCUCCCGACUCGACUGUGGCACACCAGGAGAGCCCUGUAAGCCGGGGGUCAACCAAACCAACCAGAAGGGGGGCCUGACCUAUAACACCACCUGCUGCAGCCAGGACAACUGCAAUAGCCCAGCCCCUCGGCCCACACCAGCCCUGACCCUUGUCUUCCUCACCUCCUUGGCUGGCCUUGGCUUCUGGCUAUUGCACUGA